AUGUCUAUGGAGCACAAGUGCUAUUGCCGAGGUGAUGAGGCCAGCAGUCUCGACCUCAGCCGUCCCGAACAUCUCUUACCCAUGAUGAGACCGUUUUCUAUGAGGGUCAGUAACCUGGAGGCGAUUGUAACUAACAUGUUCAACUGCGGGGUACUAACUGACUUGUUGUAUAACGGUGACGGGGCCUUACUCGUGAGGAUAUGGAGAUCCACCGAAAAUAUGACCACCUCUGUACAAGUUAUGAGAAAUAAUUAUAUAUUAGGAACUAGGUUGGUUUUCAACAAGAUGCCCCUCCAGCUGACCAAACAAGCUCCUCAAUGGAAGACCACAGCCGUCGUCAACGGAGAGUUUAAAGACAUUGCUCUGUCUGACUACAAGGGGAAAUAUGUAGUACUGUUCUUCUACCCACUGGACUUUACGUUCGUGUGUCCCACCGAGAUCAUCGCGUUCUCUGAGCGUGCGGACGAGUUCCGUAAGCUGGGCUGUGAGGUGAUCGCUGCCUCCACUGAUUCUCACUUCACUCAUCUCGCGUGGAUCAACACGCCGAGGAAGCAGGGCGGCCUGGGACCCAUGAACAUACCCAUCAUCAGCGACAAGUCGCACCGCAUCGCACGGGACUACGGAGUACUGAACGAGGAGUCCGGGAUACCCUUCAGAGGACUCUUCAUCAUCGAUGACAAACAGAACCUGAGACAGGUCACGGUCAAUGACCUGCCCGUGGGAAGAUCAGUAGACGAGACUCUCCGCUUGGUCCAAGCGUUCCAGUUCACUGACAAGCAUGGUGAAGUGUGUCCGGCAAACUGGAGGCCGGGCGGCAAGACCAUCAAGCCUGACAGCAAGGCUGCCCAGGAGUACUUUGGAGACGUCAACUAA